AUGCUCACCUCCCACGGCCUGCUGGCAAAUUGCCUUAUAAGCACCGCCUUUGCGCUGUUGGCAGCCAGCUCUCCGGUUGAACUAGCGAGGAGGGCCCCUGCCAUCGCCGCAACUACCGAUACACUCCAUCUCCAGCGCCAUGUACGUCACGGAUCACACGCAACGUCUCGCAUUGGCUUCAAGAGUCUCGAGGGUAUUGUAGAUUACAAGUCACAAGACCGCAAACCUGUCGUGGCAGAUCUCAAUGGCAAUACCGACUUCGUCACGACAGCAACAUUGGCUGCUAGACAGAACGGGAACGAGCCUAUUGCCGAAGGUGUUGGUCCCGCCAUAAACGCACACAGUCAGGUUGAAUACAUUACUCCUGUAUCUUCCAAUGGUGAUACCUACAGUCUGAUUAUUGACACUGGAAGUAGCGACACAUGGUUUGUGCGGGAAGGGUUCCACUGUCUCGACUAUCGGCAACAACCAGCACCAUAUGAGGCAUGCCAGUUUGGCCCUGCCUGGCAGGGAGACUUCCCUGGCGGCAAGAUACCAAACAAGCAGUUCCAAAUCCGCUACGGAUCCUCCAAUGGUCCUUUUCUGACUGGUGAAAUGGGCUAUGCUGAGCAAGUCUUCCUCAUUACCGUCGCCAACAUCACCGUGGAAACACAGGAGAUUGCCCACGCGACUUAUGGCAUGUGGUUCGGUGAUGGCCUCACAAGCGGCAUCCUUGGCCUCGGGCUUCGAGGACUCACUGGGUUGUCUUCAGAAGAGACUUAUGACCCUAUAGCUAUCUCCAUCAGCAAGCAGACCAGAGAGCCAAUAUUCAGUCUUGCAUUACAUCGCGACGAGUCCGAGUCCUUCAUGGCCUUUGGAGGAGUUCCGCCACAGGUCAAAACCAUCGGACCUUGGGCAACGACCCCAAUUCAGAAACUUCAGCGUUCUGGUGGAGGAGAACCGGACUAUUAUUUCUACACCGUAGUCCUGGACCAGAUUCUCAUGAACAACACUCGACAGAGCCUCCGUGCAGAUAACCUGCCGGGAUUCAUCGUUGAUAGUGGGACUACGUUGAACUACUUUCCCUUCGAAAUCGCCGCCGCCGUCAACGACCUAUUCGAUCCUCCUGCCAUACUAGACAGUAGCCAGGGGGCUUGGUUUGUGCCUUGCACCGGAACCACAGCGCCUUCGCUCGGCAUCACGCUGGGCGGGACGACGCUCUGGACUGACCCCAGCAGUAUGAUUCUGCCCGAGGUCAAAAAUGAUCAGGGCCUGUGUGCAACUGGAAUCUCAGCGACUGAUGCUUUCCCAUACAUUCUCGGAGAUACCUUCAUGCAGAACAUUGUCACCGUGUUUGACUUGAGCGACAGGAUGGAGAUCAGGUACGCGCAGAGAGACUUUUCUUGA